UUCAGAGUCAAAGUGGACAAGGUGUCAGAACCAGAAUCUGAAAGAUGACCACUUCCAGCAGCCCUGUCUACUGCCCUCUCAUCCAGGCCAUGGUGAACGUAAGCAUGCCAUCCAACUCCUCAGCCAGGGUGGGGGCUUUGAGCCUGGUUACGGUGUGUCUCCACGGCCUGGUCUCCGCCUUCAGUGUCCUAGAGAACCUCCUCAUCCUGGGGGUGGUGGGCUUACGCGUCCGCCGCACAGUCAUCAGUGUUUGGAUCCUCAACCUGGCUGCCUCAGACCUCCUUUCCACAGCCUCCCUCCCCUUCUUCACCAUCUUCCUGGCCCGUGGUGGCACUUGGACCCUGGGUACCACCUUCUGCAAGCUCCACUCCUCCUCCUUCUUUCUCAACAUGUUCGUCAGCACCUUCCUGCUGGCAGCCAUCUCCCUCGACCGCUGUCUGGUGGUGCUGAAGCCCGUCUGGGCCCAGAACCGGAGGAAUGUACGCCUGGUCGGAAUAGUGUGUGGGGUCAUCUGGGCCCUGGCAAUACUCUGCACACUACCGUACUAUCUGUUCCGGGAUACUAUUCGCCGACAUGAUGGGCGGGUCAUGUGUUCCUAUAACUACACCCAGUACCUCCUAGUUAUGGAGUUUGACAUAAGAGAGCAGUGUGAGGCUCGCCAGGAUGCCCUGGCCUUCUCUAAGCUCCUCCUGACCUUCCUACUUCCCCUGGUGGUCAUUGUGGGGAGCUACGUGUUGGUGAACAUUGGUAUCCGCGGGCGUGGCCGCAGAAGGCGCUCUUUCCGCUUUGUGCGGCUAGUGGUAGCUGUGGUAGUGAGUUUUGUGGUCUGCUGGGCUCCGAACCACAUCUUCAGCGUACUGGAGGCUGUAGCCCAGUACCAACCCUCCCUCCGGGGCCUCGUGGCCCACGGCCUGCCCCCUGCCGCCAGUCUAGCCUUCCUCAACAGUGUGCUAAACCCCAUCCUCUAUGUGUUCAGCUGCCCGGAUUUGUGUGGUAAGAUCAGACAAUCUCUGGGAGCGAUGCUUGAGAACGUGCUGGCGGAAGACCUAGGUGAGUUCUCACGGCAACGCAGCACCCAACACUCCUCUAUCGGUGCUUCAUAGCUGCUGCUGAGGGGGAUGAGGUCCCACAACAACGCCCCCUGCCUGAGAGGAGAAGACUCCAGGGUGGAGGAGGAGCUGAAGCCGAAGUAGGAGAAGACACACCCUGCUGACUGAGAGGUCUGUCAAAUUUGGUUCCGGUCCAGGUUCUGCAUCUGUGGGAUACAUAAUGAUCGAUUGAUAUGUCAUGGAAUUUUGAAUCAGUAUCAUGUACAACAUACACCCAGAAGUACUGAGGGACAUAUUUUGUGUGUUUUUGCAACGCUUCUUAUAGCGUGUUUAAUCUACUGAUAUGUAGAGCAAUGUGAACUGUGAAGUAUAGACUCUAGUAUGCUUUUA